GCACUUCCACUAAAAUGCCACUAUUUUGUAGUAAUUACUACAAAUAUGACGUCAUUUCCGGAACAACUGUUGACGUUCCUGGCGCGGAUUUUUGAAAACAACAAGAAUAAAUGUGCCUUUAUUUUGACUCCACAUAACUACUCAGUAUGGCAUCUAUACAAGAUUAUAAUGUGGUGGAGCAGUUCAACAGCAGACUGGAGGAGAUCCGGAGCAAACUGCUCGAUCAGGCGAUAGGAGAGGUGCUCAAUGACACGGCUGCAGAGCUCUGUCAAGAACACAGACGCUACAUGAAGUCUGUCUUGGAUACUUGCGUAAAGAAAUGCAAGGAGGAUGAAACCAUGUUUGACAGAAUACAUGCAUACCAAGAAGAUAUGAAGGAGAAAACGUCUUUAUUGAAAGAGAAGAGGGCUGAACAUCUUGAGGUCGUGUCAGAGAUUGAAGACAAGGAACACAACAAAGUACUCUUAAUUCAGAGGAUUGAGAAGCUGAAGAAGGAUCAGGCCAAAAACAGGGAAUUGAUUCAGUCACAAAAUAAAGCCAACAAAGACAGACUGAAGAAGCUGAACAAAUGUAAGGAUGUCUUUCAAAAACACCUGAGUCUUGAGAUCAGAAAAAUCCAAGGUGAGAACCUCCAGUUUGUCUUCAGGAACAUCAAUCGUAAAGAUCCAGACAUUGUCCAUACAUUCCUCCUACAGCUCGAUGCAGAGGGCGUUUAUCACAUCAUCUCCUGUGAUCCUUCUCUAGAGAAAAUAGCACAUCUAGAGCGCAGACUGCAGGAGACCAACAAUUUUUCUGCUUUCCUCGCUAAUGUCAGGAGAGAGUUUGUGGCACUUCACAGUAGUGCAAAGAUGGCCUGACUGAUGAAGUGCUGAUCCAUCACCACUUUGUGAGAUCAUUUGAAACUGUCAGAGACCAAGACAUCAUAUUUAUAGGCCUUAUUAUCAAAUGUAUCAUUUUAUUUACCUGCAUCAUCUGUAAUUAUUAUGAGUACAUUUUAAACAUCUGAUUUCAGUUUUUUGUCCAUUCAUAGGUUGAUUUGCAUUUUAACAAUAAACAUUUUUAUUUAUAUAUAUAUAUAUAUAUAUAUAUACACACUGGCGGCUAAAUGUUUGGAAUAAUGUACAGAUUUUGCUGUUUCGGAAGGAAAUUGGUACUUUAAUUCACCAAAGUGGCAUUCAGCUGAUCACAAAGUAUAGUCAGGACAUUACUGAUGUAAAAAACAGCACCAUCACUAUUUGAAAAAAGUCAUUUUUGAUCAAAUCUAGACAGGCCCCAUUUCCAGCAGCCAUCACUCCAACAACUUAUCCUUGAGUAAUCAUGCUAAAUUGAUAAUUUGGUACUAGAAAAUCACUUGUCAUUAUAUCAAACACAGUUGAAAGCUAUUUGGUUCAUUAAAUGAGGCUUAACAUUGUCUUUGUGUUUGUUUUUGAGUUGCCACAGUAUGCAAUAGACUGGCAUGUCUUAAGGUCAAUAUUAGGUCAAAAAUGGCAAAAAAAGAAACAGCUUUCUCUAGAAACUCGCCAGUCAAUCAUUGUUUUGAGGAAUGAAGGCUAUACAAUGCUUGAAACUGCCAAAAAACUGAAGAUUUCAUACAAAGGUGUACACUACAGUCUUCAAAGACAAAGGACAACUGACUCUAACAAGGACAGAAAGAGAUGUGGAAGGCCAGAUGUACAACUAAACAAGAGGAUAAGUACAUCAGAGUCUCUAGUUUGAGAAAUAGACACCUCACAUUUCCUCAGCUGACAGCUUCAUUGAAUUCUACCCGCUCAACACCAGUUUCAUGUACAACAGUAAAGAGAAGACUCAGGGGUGCAGGCCUUAUGGGAAGAAUUGCAAAGAAAAAGCCACUUUUGAAAGAGAAAAACAAAAAGAAAAGGUUAGAGUGGGCAAAGAAACACAGACAUUGGACAACAGAUAAUUGGAAAAGAGUGUUAUGGAUCUUAACCCCAUUGAGCUUUUGUGGGAUCAGCUAGACUGUAAGGUGUGUAAGAAGUGCCUGACAAGACAGACACAUCUAUGAUAAGUGCUACAGGAAGUGUGGGGUGAAAUGUCACCUGAGUAUCUGGACAAUCUGACAGCUAGAAUGUCAAGGAUCUGCAAAGCUGUCAUUGCUGCACGUGGAGGAUUUUUUGAUGAGAACUCUUUGAAGAAGUUUAAGAAGUUCUGAACAUUUUUUUCAAAUUGUAAUAGUAAUUUUUCAUGUUAUUAAUGUCCUGACUAUACAUUGUGAUCAGUUGAAUGCCACUUUGGUAAAUAAAUGUACCAAUUACUUUCCAUAAGAGCAAAAUUUGUACAUUAUUCCAAACAUCUGGCUGCCAAUGUAUGUGUGUGUGUGUGUGUGUAUAUAUAUAUAUAUAUAUAUAUAUCUACAAUAAAAAUGAUUACUAUUGAGAUGUUUGAAUUUUCUUUGAUAUCUUUUUUUUUUCUUUACUAUAUUGGCAUGACUUUCAUGACAUUAGCAGCAUAUAGUAUAAACUGAAAACUGUCUAUUGUGCUGUUAAAAUCACAUAUAAAGCAUCUCAAAGUUAUUAUAUUGGAACAAGUUUGCAUGAAAUGUGUUCUAUCCAAACAGCUAUAUUUAGUUUACAGGGUUCUGCAUGGUCAUGGCAAACCUCAAGAAUAUUCCUUUUAAACCUGUUCAUUUUAAUGAAUAGUUUGAACCGACUCACAAUUGUUCUGAUUGAUUCAUUAGCAAAUUAGUCCUCACUUUCACGAAAUGGAAAUUCACUGGUCAAAAUGGGCAGAAGCUUCAUUAUAUCUUUCAACACGCUGA